GAAGUGUGAACUGUGAAUGUGUUAACUGUGAUGGAUGCCCCUCUAAUCUCUCAUUGCAUCUCUGAUUCUCUGGCUCUCUAAUCUCCGCUCGACUCCAAAUUGAUUUCUAUCGUUUAUACUCUCCUCACGAUAAGACUUAAGACUAGUCAAUUAGUCAUCAUCGUUAAUGUAAAUAUGUAAUGACAUGGUGGAGCUAUAUUAAUUAAUAAUUAGUCCUCAUCUAUGUAUUCUUCUUAUCUAACGAGUCGAGAUGUUCGUUAGAUUUUGCCUUAUCAAUCUAAAAGAAAUUCAAAUAAGAUUAAUUUGAUAACGAAGAUGGAGAUUCAAAAGGGAAUAAGAGAACUGCGACCAUUGAUGAACUUAUUGCUACCGCUAUGUGCGCACUGGAUUGGUGAUGAAAUGACGGUCUCUGUUUUGGUAGAUGUUACUACUCGUGCACUUUGCCCCGCCCACACUAUUUGCUCCGAGCCUAUUUAUCUUAAUGGCCUUCAACAGACUGUUGUUGGAAUUUUUAAGAUGGUGAUACUUCCAUUAUUGGGUCAGCUUGCCGAUGAGUAUGGACGAAAGCCGUUGCUCCUUAUUACUCUAUCCACCGCUAUAUUUCCCUUCAGUAUGUUGUCUCUCUUAGCUUUCCCUCUCCCUUGGCCGACCACCAGAGUCAAGGAGCGGUUCAAUUAUAAUGGGAUUUGCUAUUUUUUAAUAUCCUUACUUGCCAUUAACCAAUCUAGAGAGGUUGUUUAUGGUUAUUAUGUUCUUCGAACAAUCUCCCAGAUUAUAAGCCACGGGAGUAUCUUCUGCAUCACAGUUGCCUAUGCUGCCGAUGUCGUCGAGGAUUCCAAAAGAGCCGCUACAUUUAGUUGGAUCACUGGUCUAUUUUCAGCAUCACAUGUACUAGGAAAUGUGCUGGCUCGAUUUCUUCCGGAAAGAUACAUUUUUCAGGUAUCAGUUUCUCUUUUGAUCUUUGCGGUUGUUUAUAUGCAAUUUUUUCUACCGGAAACUGUCAAGCAAAGACAAAGAGAGGAGUUGCAGUCAUCACUGUUAUCCAAGUUUAUGACAUCUCCAAAGCAGCGAUACAAUGCUAUGAAACACGCUGCAAUUGUAGUUGUUAACAGUCCAACACUUCGAGGGAUUGCUCUGGUAUCUUUCUUCUACGAGUUGGGAAUGUCUGGAAUUGUCAGUGUCUUAUUGUAUUACUUGAAGGCGGCUUUUGGUUUUGAUAAAAAUCAGAUUUCUGAAAUAAUGAUGGUUGUUGGAGCUGCUUCAAUCAUUUCUCAGAUAUUGGUGCUUCCUCUUAUUAAUCCAUUGGUGGGUGACAAAGUGAUUUUAUGCGUGGCCUUACUUGCAUCAAUAGCAUUUGCAUUGUUCUACGGUUUGGCUUGGGCACAUUGGGUACCAUACUUGAGUGCUUCAUUUGGAAUUAUAUUUGUGCUUGUCAAACCUUCUACUUAUGCUAUUAUUUCAAAAGGAUCAAGCUCUGAUGAUCAGGGUAAAGCUCAAGGUUUUGUAGCGGGGAUACAAUCAAUUGCGAGUUUGUUAUCGCCGCUUGCUAUGAGCCCUUUAACCUCAUUGUUCUUAUCCGAAGAUGCUCCUUUUGAUUGCAAAGGUUUUAGUAUUGUUUGUUCAUCGUUCUCCCUGAUGGUAGCUCUGAUUAUUGCUCUGGGAUCUAGAUUUGAGUCGCACUUUAAGAAUGAGCAGAAGGAUGACUUGGCUACCAUUGAAUCACCACUUUUAUCAUGAGCCUUCAUGUUCUUAGUUUUGGAAUUUCAGUCUUCCUCAAACAUCUUCCCCCCUCGUCCCAACAUAAAUUAUACAUGGAGUGUGAAUAUAUGCAUUAAGUUUCAAGUUGUUUUAUGUGACUGUAAUGUUGUUGAAUAAGUGUAUUUAUUGAAGUUUAAGCAUCA